GGGAAGUGUGUACAAUACUGUAUUGAGGGUCUUAAGUGAGAUGUCUUGCUGGUGGCGGUUGGUGUUGUUGGUGGUGUUGGUGGCGGGGAGUGGCGCCAUGAUGCACCAGGCGCUCACCGGACAUCAGGUGUGGGAGGUUGAUGAGUCGGGUAGAGUCCUCACGACACGAUUGCUUGAGGAGGGUCUGCUGGACGUGCUGGACCACUCUAGACCUUCCCGGACCGUGCGGGUCUCUCCUCACGCCGUCCACCAGGUCAAGACCGCCCUGCAGGAGGCUGCCAUUCCCUACCGCGUCCUUAUCUAUGACCUGGCCACCUACAUCAAGGAAGCGAAUAAAGGGGGUCGAGAGCCCCGGUCACCUGUUGACACCUGCACAGCCACCACCUGUCCCGCCCCUCUCAAGACCCACUACAUGACCCUCUCCCAGAUGGAAUGGUACCUUAAGGAGAUGAACCGAACCUUCCCCAGCAGGAUUAGCGUCAGCUCUAUAGGAAAGUCUGUAGAGGGCCGCGAUAUCUGGCUGGCUUACCUGCCGGCAGCCAACUCAUCAGGCAGAGCCAUCUGGGUGGAGGCUGGUCUUCAUGCCAGGGAGUGGAUCUCGCCGGCAGUGGCCUUGCACCUCAUCGAUCGCACGAUACACAACAGGUCAGCCAUGGCCAACAUGGACAUUCUCGUGGUGCCCAUGGCCAACCCUGAUGGCUAUGUUUACACCUGGACAACUGAUCGCUUUUGGCGUAAGAACCGGAGAAUCAACGCCGGUACCACUUGUGCCGGCGUCGACCUUAACCGCAACUGGGAUUACCAUUUUGGCGUUGGAGCUUCCACCAACCCAUGCAGCAAUGUGUACAAGGGUCCAUCGGCCUUCUCCGAGCCGGAAACUCAGGUCCUGCGCAAUGCUAUGCUCAAGCGGAAAGAUAAUUUAAAACUAAUAUUGUCGCUUCACAGCUUCGGGCAGAAGCUGCUGUACCCAUGGGGCUGGUCUAGUAGCGUCAAAGCACCAGACACCCCUCAGCUCGUUGCUCUUGGUCAGGUGUUCGCGCAGGCCAUCAAGAACGCGACUGGCACCGAAUACAAUGUCAAGAACUCUGCGGGAGGUUUAUACUUGGCAUCUGGUGCUACAGACGACUGGGCCACAGCAGUGCUCAAGACCAAGUAUGCGUACACACUUGAGUUGAGGGAUCUAGGCCAACAAGGUUUCCUGCUGGAUCAAAGGAACAUCCUCCCUUGUAGUGAAGAAGUAUGGCACGGACUCACUGAAGUCAUCAAACAUAUAAAGUAACACAGUACCAGCAACCUA